CUUGCAUCCCUAAUCUAAAUUGCAUUUAUAACCAAAACAAUAUUUUCAACGUUUAGAAAUUUAUUUAAUAAAAAUGUUAAAACUAUAAACAGGACAUAUGACCCUAACAAUCUAAGUCAUUAACGUACUUUUUGCAAUGAAUGCAUCGUUCCAUUCAUUUAGAGAUAUACUAGUGGCACAUCCCCAAGAUUCCUCAAGUCCGGAAAAUUUUGCUCCCGUAGUUAUUGGUUAUAGAAAUAUUGCCAACAAUAAGGAUAUUGUCGAGACCAGCUCAAAUAUUUCUUCGUCCCAUUUAUCGUUCAUGGACGAAUCGUCAAACGAUUUUAAUAAUCAUCAGUUAAUUCAUCCUAACUCUCUAAUUAAAGUGUGUGGUGGUUGUGGAGAUAAAAUAAGUGAUAGAUAUCUUUUAUAUGCUUUAGACAGAUAUUGGCACAAUGGUUGCCUAAAAUGUCAUUGCUGCGGAGCCAUGUUAGCCGAGGUCGGUUCCAGCUGUUUUACACGAAGAGGUUUGAUACUCUGUAAAAAAGACUAUUCCAGUAUGUUCGGAUGCUCUGGAGUAUGUUCCGGAUGUGGCGAAACUAUUCCCCCAAGUGAAUUGGUAGCAAAAGCGCUUACUGGAAUAAAUAAUAUUGAUAUACAAAGUCAACAAAAACAAAUAAUUAACUGUGUAUUUCAUCUAAGGUGCUUUAGUUGUGCAAAGUGUGGCUCAAGUCUACGGCCUGGCGAUAGGUACACUAUGCUAGGAGCAAGCUUGGUGUGUGAACAGGAUUGGCAUAAAUUGCUCAAAAGCCCAUCAAAUUCGAAUGGUACGCUUGCACAAAGAAAAGGAAAAGUUGGAAGACCCAGAAGAGCCAAGGAUUAAUAAUAUUAAAUGUCUUUUAUGAAAUGAACUUUUAUUUUAGAACACAAUUAAUUUUAUAGAUUAUCUUUAAAAAUUCAAUUAAAUCAAAAUGUAAUAAUCCAAAAUCUAUCCCCUAUCCCACUCCGUAAAUGGAAAUAUAUAUAAUUAUUUUUUUA